UUUCGUAAACCGACACGAUGGAGGCGGUCGAGCAGCGUGUUAAAUUACCGCAAAAAAGGUUCUAUCGGCAACGGGCACAUUCGAAUCCGAUAGCCGAUCACAACUUUGACUACCCUCCGCAUCCCGAUGCGUACGAUUGGAGCCAGCUGUAUCCGAGCAUCGGUGACCGGCAAGUGGAGUUCGCCGAUAUCGGUUGCGGAUAUGGUGGGUUUUUGGUUACGUUAGGAGAAACGUACCCAGACAAGCUUGCCAUUGGAAUGGAGAUUCGUGUAAAGGUUUCCGAUUACGUGAUGGACCGCAUACAGGCACUUCGAGCCCUGCACGCUGGAAAGUAUGAAAACAUUGCUUGCAUCCGAACCAACGCUAUGAAGUACCUGCCGAAUUUCUUCCGCAAGCAUCAACUUGAAAAACUGUUCUUCCUGUAUCCGGAUCCACACUUCAAGAAAGCAAAGCAUAAGUGGCGUAUAAUCAACUCUACCUUGCUGAGCGAAUACGCGUAUGUGCUUCGUCCUGGCGGUAAAAUUUAUACCGUUACCGACGUGCGCGAUCUGCACGAUUGGAUGUGCAAGCACAUCGAGGAGCAUCCUUGCUUCGAAAGGAUACCCGAGGAAGAAAUCAGUGCGGAUAUUCUUUCGUCUAAGCUGCUCGAUAGCAGCGAAGAAGGGCAAAAGGUAACAAGGAAUAGUGGCGAUAAAUUUAUGGCUAUAUUUCGACGGCUCUGAGGUUGUUUUUGGAUAACUGCUGAAUAAAAUAAUGUAAAGUGUAAUGCUUUCGUAAUUGCUUACAAUAUAAGCACAUUGAUUUUAAAUUUAUCACGAUCAAACAAUCCAAAUGGAAUUGAAUCCGGAAUUGUAGUUCGGAGCGCAUCGGAACGGAAUCUAUGUUUACAAAAGACAUCUGACAGGUAUCACUGACAGCCGAAGAAGCUAGAUUCAAUAAAAACCGAAAAGGUGCA